UCUGACUCCUCCACCCGUACUCUCCGCAGAUCGACGCGAGCUCCAGCUGCUGUGAACAACCAAGGUUUAUGGUUUUAUGUUUGAAGCUAAAUGACAACAAUGAACACGAGCAGUGGACCCUGGGAAGGAGCAACAAUCAGCUCGACAGAAUAUGAUUACUCUGAUUUUGUUUCUCCAUGUGAAUACGGACCCCAUGCAAGCUGGUUCCUCCCAGUGCUCUACUCUCUGUUCUUCGUGGUGGGCUUCCUGGGCAACAUGCUGGUGCUGUGGGUAAUGUUAAGAGGUGCUCAGAUAAAAAGCAUGACUGAUGUGUCUCUCCUGAACCUGGCCAUCGCUGACCUUCUACUAAUCUUCACUCUCCCCUUCCUGGCUCACUAUGCCAGAGAUACCUGGGUAUUUGGUAGCACCAUGUGCACUUUGGUCCUCAGUGUGUACUACGUUGGAUUUUAUGCUGGUAUUUUCUUUAUUGUGCUGAUGAGCAUCGAUAGAUACUUGGCUAUCGUCCAUGCUGUGUUUGCCUUGAGAAUCCGAACAAAGGCUUUAGGGAUUUUAGCAAGCAUGAUUGUCUGGAUGCUAGCUGUUGCAGGAUCAUUUCCUGAGCUACUGUAUCUUGGAGUUGAAACAUUCGGAAAAGAAUCAGUUUGCAGUGCUUAUCCAAAAACUAAAGAAAGUCACAAUGAGGUAAGAAGUGCAGCUUUCAUUAAAAUGAAUGUUUUGGGCAUGCUGAUCCCACUGAGUAUUGUGGGAUUUUGUUAUUCGAUGGUGCUCAGAAAACUUCAGACCCUUCAAACAUCCAAAAAACGAGCCAUUCGUCUCGUUGUUGUGGUCAUGGUUGUCUUCCUCUGCUGCUGGAUACCGUACAACAUUGCAGUACUCCUCAAAGCACUGGAACUGAAGCACAUCCUGCCUUCAGAGUGUGAGCUCAGCAAAAGGAUCCAAAUGAUGCUACAAGUCACUGAAGCCGUGGCGUACUCACACAGUUGCCUCAAUCCGUUCCUUUAUGUGUUUGUGGGAGAAAAGUUCAAGAAGCAUCUCACCAGGCUCUUCCUCCAGAUGCCAUGUGUCCAUGUGCAGGGUAUGAAGCGCUACACGACCCAGGUCUCAGGCUCAGUUGAUCCACAAACUGAAAGUGUUGCCGAACUCUCAGUUGCCAUCUAAAUGCUCAAAGAACAGCAUAAUGUAUAUAAAUACAUCUACAUGUCUUAUAUAUCUCUUAAAUACAUUAACAAUUAUCAUAAUAUGCACAACUUGUGAAAGGUUUGUGAAGUUUCAGAGUGGUUGCUUUAACCUUUUUACCUUUAAUAUGCAUCGUUCACAAAAAAAUGUGUUUACAGUGUACUUAUACAGUAUAUAACAUUCAUGGACAUUUAAUUAGACAGUAAUUAAGGAUGAAUUAUUAUGUUUGCUAUGUAUGCUAAACAAAGGUAAGACAAAGGAUUUGAUAUUGGACUUCAGCACUAGGCCGGAGAAGAACUACCAGUCCCCAUCAUCAACGAGAGCAAAGUGGAGAGAGUGGACAGCUUCAAAUACAUCAACACUGUGGUGAAAAAGGCCCGACAGCGUCUCUACCACGUCAGAUGCUUGAGAGACCUCAGACUGCCUGCUUAGGUGCUCAGGAAUUUUCACUCCCGCACCAUAGAGAGCAUUCUGACAGGAAACAUCACGACCUGACAUUGGACAUUAUUUAAAUUACUCUAUCACAAGUUACUUUAAAUAAGUCACUUUUAAGCAUAUUUGCACCCCCCCUGGACCUUCUGUUACCCUGAUGCACAGAACAUUUUAAUUAUGUGGAUAUGUGAAUCAUUACACUUUCAGGCACAUUUGCACACCCCUGGGCAUUUACAUUUAUAUUCAACUUCAUUCCCACACAAAAAUUCCAUGAAUUCUAUAUUUCUAUAUUGCACAGCUGUUUUUCUUAUUUUUCUAUAUUUUUUCAUAUAUUUUUCCUAUAUUGUAUAUUUCGUACAUACAGUUAUUUUAUUUUAAUUUGACAUUUUAUUUUAUUUUAUUCAUUCUUAGUUAAAUUUACCUUCUAUUUUCUUUUUCAUAUUUAUUUCCUAUUCAUAACCUUUUAUUUUAAGGUCACGGUCGGUUGUCUAAGCAUUUCACUGCAUAUAGUAAUAUGUAUGACUGUGUAUGUGACAAAUAAAAUUUAAAUUUUUGAA